CACUUCUUCUGAGUAUUUGUUGUGCAGGCUGUAGGCGAGACGAAUCUGUUUGUUCGUGAACACAAAACCAGUCGGCUGAAUUUUCCUUUUCUGGAAAUAAAAUGGUGAUUAGAACGGCCGUCUUCCUGCUACUGCUUUCCCAUACCUUGAUCAGGGGAGCAGCAGCCACCCACUGGACGUACCAUGACGUGCAAAAAUGGUCAGAGGAUUCCCCAAACUGUGCGGGAAGAAGGCAGUCUCCAGUAGACAUCUUGGCGACAAAAACGUUCAAGGCGCCACCUUUCCUCUUCAAGAACUACGGGCUGAUCAACGUGAGCCUCGAGAACAACGGGCACUCGCUCAAGGCCCGCCUGCACCCCCAGCAGGACCGCCCUCGCCUCGCGGACGGAGGCCUCUCGGGCACCUUCGAGCUGGACAGCCUCCACUUCCACUGGGGCGACGAGGACUCACGGGGCUCCGAGCACCUGCUGGGGAGCUGCGCGUUUCCGGCCGAGAUGCAUUUGGUUCACUUCAAGAGGAAGUACGGGUCGGUGGAGAAAGCAUUGGAAUUCGAUGACGGGUUGGCGGUCCUCGGGGUGUGGCUGGUCCCCGGCCGCGACUCCGACAGUAGCACGAGGGCGGUCCUUGAGGAUGACGGCACCUCCUUCAGUACACACACCACGCACAGCCUCGAUCAGACGUCGGCUCAACAGAACACCAGUGACUCCGACACUAGUUCGAUGGAGGACCUUGAGAACGACGGCACGGACACCACCCAUAGCCUCGAUCAGACGUCGCCUCAACACGACACCAAGAACUCCAUCGCAACGGAAGACGACCACUCAGCGGCGGCCAAGAAGUGGUUCCGAGCGCUCAGUCCUUCCGAGAAGUUGCUGGACGAUCAGCUGAUUCCGGUCGAUCUGCGUCAGCUAAUUCCCUUCGAUGACCGGGCCUUCUACAGGUACAACGGAUCCCUCACCACGCCCCCUUGCACAGCGAACGUCGAGUGGACCAUCUUCGAGAACCCGGUGACUGUCCCUCUGCGUUUCCUCAAGGGCCUUCGAGCUCUAAAGAAUGAAGAAGGCGAGCUCAUUUCAAAUAACUUCCGUCCUGCGCAAAGACUUGGGAAAAGGGAUGUGCUCUAUAGCGGCACCAAACUCAAGAAACAUCCCAGCUGCACAAACCCACGGAAAUCCCUCCCCCCUUCCUGCACCACCAUCCCGAGCUUGGGAUCCUUUGGCACUGUGGCACCCGGGCAGUGUACGGAGGGCCAGGAGACGUCACCCGCCGACCUCCACUUGGCGAAUGCCACGCCCACUUACGCGAAACGACUUCGCUGGAGAAGGAGAGGUGGCUGUGCGGACGCGGUGGUCACGCUGAAGGAUAGGCUUUUGAAGGUGGCUUUCCCAGGUGAGGAACCCCAGUGGGAGCUCUCAGGGGGUCACUUAACAACUCCUUAUCACCUGAAUCACAUGCUCUUCCGCUGGGGGUCAGAUCAUCACCUUGGGGGUCUGAGUUUCCCCUUGGAGGUGCAGCUCGUCCAUUACAACAGCGAAUCGGACGAUGUGGUCGUUGUGUCCAAGUUCUUCCAGGAGCCUAUAGAUCUGCCUGAUGUCCUUGACUCCUUGCAACACACCGAACCUUCAAGGAAUAGAUUGCUCGAAGUUGUCUUUGAGGCGGCACAGGAGCUCAGCACAGACCCGGGCAUCGGGAAGGAGGACAUCCCAUCUCCCGACGUCAGCGAGCUCAUGGGCGACGCCUCUUCCUUCUACGAGUACAGCGGCUCCUUCCCCGACGCCCCCUGCCUCGGGAACGUCACCUGGAUGGUUCUCCGGGCGGCAGGAGAAAUAGCGAGAACACAAUUACAGGAAAUAAGAGAACUCAGAGACGAAAGUGGAGACAAGAUAACGUCCAAUAACAGGCCUCUGAAGCAACUCGGAGAUCGGAAUCUCCUUCUAAGGCCUCUGAAGCAACUCGGAGAUCGGAAUCUCCUUCUAAGUUUGCCUGGUACCUUGUAUGCCCGGUACCUUGCAUGCCCUGUACCUUGUAUGCCUGGUACCUUGCAUGGUCUCCCCUGGUAUCGGGGCCAAGACGCUAUACAGAAAAUUACCAGACCCAAGAGGAAGUCAAUGGACAGCGGAGCCUUGCAACACGCUGUAGUGUCUUUGCAACUGCUGUGUCUCUUAGUGCUGGCGUCGUUCUUCGUUGCAAGACUAGGAUUAGUAGUAUAA